AUGAUUUCUUCUAAGGAAACAACAGGUGCAAACAGUAUUCAGAUUAAAUCAAAGAAUUCUAUAGACUUUACAAAAGGUGAUUCUAUUGAAGGAGAGUCAUUUGACGAUGUUCAGAUCAGAAUUAACCAAUUGCACUCACAAGAUCUCUCUGAAAAGUUUUUAGCAGUACAGUACUUCGCAGAAUUCUUGGAAGAUCAAUAUCUUCCACCACCAAUGAUGCCAGAUUUUCGAAAUGUGAUUUUAAGUUUAUUUUUCAAUACAGAGCAGUUACCUGAGCAUCACAUGGAGAACUUAUUAAUAAUCUUACAAAAAAUUGUCGAAUUUUUUGAACCAGAGUUUGAAUUUCUUGAUUUGUUCAAUCGUACGUGGAGCCUCUUACCAAACUCAGAAGCAUUCAAUUUACUAGCACAAAUUAUUAAGAUUUCUCCUCAAAUAUCACUUUCUUUCCUACAAAACCAAGAAUUUUGCAAUAAUUUACAGCAAUUCAUGCUUUCUGAGGAAGAAGAGAUCAGAAACUCAGCUCUUAUCAUUCUAUAUUCAUUGUCAAGUAUACAAGACAACAUUUCAAUGAUUUCUCCAUUUUUCAAAAUUUUAAUUCAAAAUCUUAUGAAUCCAGAAGAAACAGAAGACAAUUCAAGAGUUUCUAUCGGUGUCCUUACAAAUAUGGCCCAAACAGAUUCAGGAUUAGUCAUGAUUGAAGAAGAACAAGAAUUUCCUUUUGCUUUGAGAGGAUGCUUGAGAUUUAAUAAUCUACAUUUACCUGUUUUGAAGUUCCUUCAUGAAGUAGCUAGUUCUAGUAGCAAACCUCUGAAGAUUUUCGAAAAAUUCGAAAUUUUUGAUUUCAUUAUUUCAUCAUUAGAUAGCAAAAAGCCUAAACUUAUACAAUGCGCAUUGAAUAUAUUCAUCAGCAUUGCAGAAAGUGGCGAAGAUGCUGUUACAACAUUAAAUGAAUUCCAAUUAAUCCAAAAAAUCGUUCCAAUGCAGAGAACAUUGAAUGUAAAGAUCGACCAACUCAUUAUUGAAAUAUUGUGCUGCUUCUGCUAUAAUGGAAAUAGUGAAAUUAUCAAUUUUCUUUUUGAUUCUGAUAUAAUUCAAGAAUUUAUAUCUUAUUUGGACUUGAACUCAAGGAGUUUAAGAAUUAGUAUCCUUAGAGCACUACAAGCAAUGACUGCUGACUUUGCUCUACAAGGAAAUAGGUCUGCUCUUGAAGAUAUCGCUUCAAACGACGAAUUGAUGGACAAAAUUUGGGGAUUCACAGAAGAAUUCGAGGGAUGCGAAGAAGGAGUUAUUGCCAAUCAUAUUUAUAACUCGCUAAAUGGAGAAGAAUAA